AUGUCCGACCAAAGAUCCCACUGCCACCCUCGAGAAUACCUCCACCAAACCCUCACCACCAAGCAUGGCGACCUCAUACUUCUUCUCUGCUACCUCAUCACCGGGCUUCUCGACAGCUCCUCCAUCCUCCUUUGGGGUUCCUUCGUGAGCAUGCAAACCGGCAACACCGUAUACCUAGGUCUCGGGCUAGCGGGCGCUGAAUCCCAACGAUGGGUCAAAUCCGGACUGUCCAUCGCCAGUUUCUGCAUCGGAUCGCUGGUCUUUGGGUGGUUCUAUCGCUUCUUCUCACCGAGGAAGAGAUGGGUGUUGUGUGUUUCGUUCGCCGUGCAGAUGGUCUGCAUUAUCGUUGCUGCGGUGAUUGUCACGCUCCGUCCGACGCAGGAUAACACGGAUAAGGAUAUUUCGUUCUUGCCACUGGCUCUGGUUGCAUUUCAGAGUAGCGGACAGGCAGUGAGCAGUGGCGUGCUGGGUUUCAAGGGACUGCCUAGUGUGGUGUUGACGAGUAUAUUCUGCGAGUUCAUGGCGAGUCCGCUGUUUCUGACGCGGAAGAUGUGGUCGAGCUUUGAGGAGAGACGGCGACUGGCCGCUAUCUUGUCUUUGACGAUUGGGACGGUGGCUGGGGGAUUAUGGGCGCGCAGUCCAGCUGGAGUGGCAGGGGCAUUGUGGACGGCGGCGAUAAUAAAGGGGGGGAUAAUAGUUGCGUGGAUGGGAUGGAGGGAGGAGAGGAUUACUCUUUAG